GCACUCAUUCUCAGGUUCCUUUUGCAAUAAAGGGGACGGUACCAUUCUUUCCCUCCACACCGAAAGACUGUCUUCUGCACCAUUCUUCGUCUGGGGCAACUUCAUACCUGAUAGCUACCUGCCAGCCAUGGACCCCAACUGUGACUGCGAGAGAGGUAACUCUUGCAACUGUGCAGGCUCCUGCAAAUGUAAAUCCUGCCGAUGCACCUCCUGCAAGAAAAGCUGCUGUUCCUGUUGCCCAGCAGGAUGUGACAAAUGUGCCCAGGGCUGUGUCUGCAAAGCCCCCCAGACGGAGAGUUGCAGUUGCUGCCACUGAUGCUCCUGGCUCCUUGCAUUUGUAAAUAGAAGAAUUUGUACAGAUCUAGCUUUUCAUACACCAUGAAUGUGCUUUCUUUUUUGUUUCUAUGAAAUGUAUUAAUGGAAAUAAAACCAUUACAUACCCUUCUA